AAUACACUUCAAGGAAUGAAAGAGGAGGGGAUGCAGAACACACUUCAAUGUCAGAGUUUUCUCAACAUGAUUCAAACGUUGGACGAAAUAUCAAGAUUAUUAUUAAUUCAGUUGAAAAUAUUAUCAGGAUGGAAACUGUAAAUGUUCGAAUGUUGGUAGAGCAUAAUGGAACGAUUUUGGGAGAAACGCCCAUUUUGAGUGUCGAACCUGACUUCGGGGAACCACCAAAGAUCCACAAAAUAAAUCAUACUAUAAAUUUCCCCAUAAUCGUAAACGAUCAAAAUAUAAUGAAUGGUGUUGUGUCCACGCCAGUACUGAUACAAUUGCUAGAGACUUCCAAACCAGAGGGAGAGAUGAAAGCUGACAACGGAGAAGGAGGCAAAGAAUUGAAUCCAAAAGGAAAAAGUAAUUCGAAAUCAACUCAGAAAUCAAACACUUCAAAGAUUCUGGGAAUUUCCAACUUAGACAUCAUGCCGAUAUUAUUAGGGGAAAGGCGCAUGAAAGAAAAACUAAUAAUGGAACGAAGUAAUCGUUCUUUUGACGGGCACGAUGCUGCUUGGCCAAAUCUUCCCGUUGUUAAAGUCACCAUUGAACAAGAGGAGAAAAUAUUUUUCCCGCAUAUUAAACCCAAUUAUUUGAAUAUAACUGUGGAGGGUUUGUUCAAUAUCUUGCCGGAAUUUACCGAAGGCAUGCAAUAUAAAAUCGGCACUGUGGUGUAUGCCAAUGACGUGUCUCCAGAAGAAAUAAUAUUUGACCGAGGAAAGUGGACGAGAGUGUCGGAAAUCGAAAUGACAAAAAAAUGGAAUUCCUUAUGCUAUUUGGACAGUCGUGCUAAAUUCUCCAAAUACAAAUUAAGCACCGAUUAUAAGGAUGUGAAAAAUAGUUGUACUAAGAAAAUCGACCUACAAAAAACAAUAAACGAGAACGCACCGAGGGUGGAAUGGAAUUACUUCAUGCGUUGGAUGAUAUCGCUAGCAGGGGUUCACGCAAUGCGGGAUAACAUAACCAAACACAGGUACUGGCCAUUUCAACUCGCUUUUACCGACGGGGGUGCAGUGUCUGAAAAAAGCCGAAGCAAAAAUUCGGGAAGAGCUCUGCUUUACCAGUGCUACGUCGACCUGACGGAACUCCUUUUUCCUGGAAGGAAACGGACUCGUGUUAUAUCUCAGUUACACACAUACAAUGUGAAUAGUAUGUUUGACAAAACCGGUACGAAGAGAGAGAUUUUCAAUUCCACGAUGACGAGGGAAUCGAGAGGGUAUGACACAAAAGUAAACACCAGUGGCAAGAGCCAAUCCUCCCCUGACAGCGAACUCUUAGAAAGUGCGCCUCUUACAACGGAAGAUGGUGAGCCCGUUUUUCUCCUAGUCGAAUUCGAGCUUCACGAGCCCCUUAUCCGAUCAAACCUUUCCGACGACUUCCAUAACGUAAUAGAAAAACUACUUCCUCCCACGAAGAUAAAUCUACAGCGGUACGUUUAUACAGGCGAUUUGGCAGAAAAUCAUUACUUCAACUGUAUUAAAAAAAUGGUGGAUAUUCUAUCCGAAAGUUAUCAAGACUUUAUGGAACAAAAUCAAACGAGUUUUCCUAUUACUAAGGAAACAGAGGGACGAUUAGUUAACCCAUCGAUUUCAAUGGGAUUGGAUCGUGAUUCCCUAAAGGAAGAAAAGUAUUCCCAUCUGUAUUCUUACACGCAGGAUAAGUUAGCUCGCUUUAUGCAAUACCUUUACGACAAUGGACUUUAUGUAGCAAUGUACACGAGUUUAAAAAGAAAAAUCAUCUUGUUGUUAGAUCAAAAGUUUAAAAUCUCCGGCUUGACGUUGGAUUCCGAGGAAACACAGAAUUUCGUGGCAACGGCUUACAUAUAUUUAGUAGAACAAAUGCACCAGGUUUUGAAUAAAGAUGUGGAAGGUCAAUUUGAACAAGACAUAACAGAAACUCGGAGCAAUUUGGAUUUUCAUUUACAUGCCCAAGAAUCGUACGAAAUGGGGGAUGUAGCCGGAGCGAUGUAUCAUCACUCCUCGAACGUUGCAGAAAACCACAAGGAUCCCAAUGCAUGGGCAAGUUAUGCCAUAUUUUUAUUAAAAAUCGGCGACCGCGAUCGCGCCGUAGAAUGUUGUCGAGAAGCGAUAAUGUUGGAUAUACGGCACAAAAUCGCGUUAAUCAUUUAUGGAGUCAUACUGGCUGAAGCUGAGCAAUAUCGCGACGCCGAGAUAAUUCUUCGGGCACUGACCAAUUUUUAUCCACGAUUUCCAGAAGGUUGGACUAUUUUGCAAUUAUUGUACCUUCGCGGAGAGAAUUUCCAAGGCGUAGACAUAACAAUCCGAACAGCAGAAAAAUGCCUGGUUAACAAGGAUCAAGACACGAUUUGUGAUCAUUAUUUAGGAGAACCUCUCUCCUGGUCAACCAGUUUAUGUCCCAAAAAUAAUGUAUACCAAAGGACGGCUGUAUUAUUAUUAAAGAUGAGUUUAUUCGACUUUGCAGGAAUCGCACUAGCCCAAGAAAUAGCAUUAUCGGAAAAAUCUGUGAGCGCCCUUUACUACUUAGCUGUUCAGCAUUAUUUGUCAAACAGAUACGAGGACGCUUUGUACCAUUUAAAUGAAGCUCAGAAUAAACACGGAAUGGAUUACUGGAUAGCAAGUUUAAAAGGACAUUGCUUCUUCAAAUUGAAUGAUUUUGAAAAUGCGAUUUAUUGCUACGAAUUUGCCAACGUGUCUUUCGACCGACCUAAAAAGAUUCACCUGGUCCACCUCAGGAUGGGAAUGCAUUAUUUAAAUAAAAAGGACUACGGCAAAGCUAAAAAUGCUUUUCUCAGCGCCUGUAAGACUUGUCCUUCUCCUGGUACAUGGUUCGGCGUUGGUAUUGCUUAUUAUCACUUGAAAGAAUUUAAAGAUGCAGAGAUCGCCCUCACGGAAGCCAACAGACUCAAUCUUCGCGACCCAGAGAUAUGGGGCUAUUUGUGCUUAAUUAACGUCCAACAACAACGACGCAGUGAGUCUAUCCAAUGCUACCGACAAGCUGUUAAGAACGGCCUUAAGAAUCUGGAAUUAUGGCUGAUGAUAAGAGACUCGAUGAAGAAUCUGAGUUACGAGUUACCGAUGUCACCAGAAAUUUCAAAGGGCAGUUCCAAAGAAGAGUCGGAAUCACGAGGUUAACAAUAAUUGGUUAAGAGAACAGGAAAAAAAACGAAAAACAUCAUCGCCUGAGAAGAAAUAUAAUUAGGAUAAGAAACAAAUAAAUCAAUUUAAAUUACCCAUCACUUGAAUAAACUCAAAUGAUUCAUCGAACGAUUUCGCGAAGCUCGUGCGUGGGAAGGCUUUAAUACAUAAUUUUACUUAACUUCAAUAAAGUUACUAACUUAAUUUUAC